AUGAUGCUAGGAGUAUCCUGUUUCGCGCAAGUGAGGGACGGGAUUCGAAGUUCUUUCCUACGUCAGCGAUCGAAGAUUAGAGACGCCGCCGCGUUUGCCAAGAAAAGUAAAAUAAGGUGGGCCGGAUACGUGAUGCGCUUUAAUGACAACCGUUACACCAGAGCCGUGAGCGACAGGGUUACCCGCGAUAUUAAGCGCACUACGGAAAGACCGCCGACCCGAUGGUCAGAUUUCUUCACGAAGUCCUUCAAAGAAAAAUAUGAUGUUCUUCGUGUCCCACGCGAAAGGAGGAACCACUGGGCUACUCUGGCACCCGAUCGGGACAAAUGGAAGAAUUACUGGAGCCCGCUCGACCAGUUCGAAGAUCAACGGAAAUCAAGGUGA